AUCUUUUUUUUUAUUGUGGAUGUGCACGUGGGUGGAGUUUCAACUUCUCCAUAUUCAGAAGUUGGGUGGUUGCUUGAAGCCCCCUUUCUCAGCAGUAUAAAAACAGGCCCUCGGUCUCUUUAAGACAAGACAAAUUAACAGUCUGUGCAAAUAAUUGGCUGUAUUACUUCUUUUUGACAUCACUAAAACAUUUAUGGUGUCCUUUGAUGAGCUUCAUGCUUGAGACGAGGCCAGAGGACGAUGAUGGAAUACUUGAGUGACAAGUUCGCCUUGAAAAGUCAAGCGAUUAAAGGCAGCGAUUACUACAUGGACCAGGUCAUGGAGACUUUAGACAAUGUGCAGUACUACAAGGCAUCACCUAAAUGCGUUCAGGCCUUCUCAAUGCAGAGCAAUGAUCACCACAGCACAAUGGACAGGUCUUCUCCAUGUGACAACCAAAACAGCGUGAGUUACUGCGCUCCUAAAACUGAGGACAGCAGCCUGCAUCCGAUGGAGAACUGUUGCAACAUCAGAGCCUCACCGGUCACAACCGGACCAGAGAAACCCGACUUAGACGAGCUCGAAGAGAAAUGCGACAGUAACGUGUCGAGCAGCAAAAAGAGACGCCAUCGCACAACCUUCACGAGUGCUCAACUAGAGGAUCUAGAGAAAGUCUUCCAGAAAACCCAUUAUCCAGAUGUGUAUGUGAGAGAACAGCUGGCCAUGAGAACAGAGCUCACGGAGGCCAGAGUACAGGUAUGGUUCCAGAACAGAAGAGCUAAGUGGAGGAAGAGAGAGAGAUAUGGACAGAUCCAGCAGGCCAAAAGUCACUUUGCAGCGUCAUAUGACAUUUCAAUGGUGCCCCGGACAGACAGUUAUUCACAGAUUCCCAACAACUUGUGGACGGGUCCAACUCCAGGCAGCUCUGUAGUCUCUUCCUGCAUGAUCCCACGAGGUUCCCCUCCCUGUGUGACAUCCCCCUACCCACACUCACCCCGGGCCAGUGAGCACGGUUACGUGGGAUUCCCUAAUCACCAGCAAAACCAAUUUGGAGUUAAUCACGUGUCUCUUAAUAACUUCUUUGCCGAUUCACUUCUGGCUCCUUCACCAAACAGUCAUGCCACGUUUGAAACCAAACCUGAGUUUGAAAGGCGGUCAUCCAGCAUUGCUGUACUGCGAAUGAAGGCUAAGGAACAUACAGCCAACAUAUCUUGGGCUAUGUGAACUCUAAACUCUAUUCUAAUAGUGCAGAUCUGAUGUGUUUUAAAAAGAAUAACAAUACAGCCAUUGUUGUGGGCACCAAACUGACAAAAAAAGACUCCUCUACCUUUUCACAAUGAAUCAGUUGUUGCCCCAAUGACAAACAUACUAUAAUAAGGUGUGAAAGACUUAUUCUCUUACUCUUUUUUUGUAACAAAGAUAUCAGCAAUAAUACUGUAAAUUAAAAAAACAAAGGUAUCAGCAUUAAUUAUAAAAUAGUCUAUUUGGAGUUUUUUGUCCUUUCAAGAAUGACUGUUCACAUAAUUUCAUAAUUUUUGUCUUAGCAUCUCUUGUUGUGAUUAUAAAGAGCACAGUGCUCAGAAGUUUUAUACUCUCAUGACUUACAGAGAUGUUGUGACCGACAUACUAACACUACUGUAUGUCUGUGUGCUUUGCAGCAAAGCUGUAUAACGCUCUUUAGCUGUGGCUGGUGUGCACUGUGCCACAUGCGGAGGAGAAUUUUUUAUUUUAUGUUAAUACAAGUUCAUUAAAAGUUGUUAAAACUAUACUUAAUGUGUUCCGAUUUAUUUAUUUUAGACACCACUCCAUCACAGCCCUUUAAUUGAUGAUCAGAUGAGGUUUGUUGAGUAAUUUCAAAUCAUAGCUGUUUUAAAAAUGUAAUUCAGGACAGAGUAAUCAUUUGAACACCCUGUUGUAACCCACUUGAAUUUGUAAUGUACAUUCCUUUAUUAUUAAUUUGUGAAUUAGAUAUUAGUUUUGGAGAACAUUGUUUUUCAGUGAUCUAAAAUAUGAAGACUCCAAAAAGUGCUAACAAAUGAUAACUGACAAAAUCGU